AUGGAUGGUAAAAUAAAAUGUAAUAUAAAAUUGAAGCGUCUCAAAAAAGAUGAUAUAAAUGAAAAUCUGCAUAAAAUAAACGAACAUGUAUUGAAUAUUUUUAAAAAGAAAGAAGAGGAUGAAGAAAACGAAAUAAAAGAUGAAGAACGAAUUGAGCAUAUAAAAUGUAUAAAAGAAGGGAAGAUUUUAAUUGAUAUAGAAAAACAAAAAGAAAAUUCAAAGGAUCAUUUAUAUUUAAAUUUUUUAAAUAAUUUAGAAAAUAAAUUAAAUCGUAUACAAAAUAAAAAAGAAAUCAUAUAUUUAAAUUUUCCAAAGAAAUGUAAUAAUAAUAAUAAUAAUAAUAAUAAUAUAAAAAAUAAUAUGUCCGAUGAAUAUGAUCAUCAUCAGGAUGUCAACUCAUCAAUUCAUUCUAAUGAUAGCCAAUCAAGCGAAAGGGAUUCAGAUAUCGAAAUAAGAAAUUUAUCAAGUUUUAUCAUACAUAAGGAUAAAAAUAAUUUAAAAUUAAAUAAGGAAAAAGAAAAUGGGAAAUUAGAAAAUAAUAUUGAUAAUGAUAAUAUACAAGACAAUAAUCAAAUGAAGACACAACAUCAAAAUUUUGAUCAUACAUAUAAUAUGGACGAUACAAAUAAUGAUGACAUUUCCACAAAUAAUCUUACACAUAUAUAUAACGUAACGGAAAAAAAUUUAACAUUCAAAAGAAAAAUACUUUUAGAUAAAUUCAAUAAACAUGAUAAAGAAGUACUUAUAAAAAACGAAAUCAAUUUAUAUGACGAUUUUAAAGAACACAAUAUAGAAAUUGAGAAUUACGGAAAAUAUAUUUUAAAAAAAAUGGGAUAUAAGGAAGAUGUAUACAAUGAAUAUAUUAAUAAAUAUUAUAAUGAAUACAGUGAACAAAAUUAUUUUGACAAGAUCUAUAAUAAUUUACAAUCAAGAGAUUUCCGUUUCACAGGUGUAGGGGCAGAAGAAGAGAUGAAGCAAAAUAUGGAAAAUAUAAAAAAGGGGGAUUCAAAUCAUGAGCUCAAGGGGGAAGACACUCAUAAGACCGACGACAGUGAUUAUAACAAUGAUAAAUCUAAAAUAUGUAAUAAAUAUGAUAAAUCUAAAAAAUAUAAUAAAUAUUAUAAAUCUAAAAUAUGUAAUAAAUAUGAUAAAUCUAAAAUAUGUAAUAAAUAUGAUAAAUCUAAAAUAUGUAAUAAAUAUGAUGAAUCUAAAAAAUAUAAUAAAUCUAAUGCCUCAUAUAGUAGUACAUCUAAAAGGGAAAGCUCCAACACAGAAGAUCGUAGUCUGAAUAGUCUUGAUAAUCAAGAUAAAUCAUCCUAUUUAUCAGAUAAUCCAAAUUAUAAAACAAAUAAACAUACUAAAGAUAGAAAAGAUAAAUAUAAAUUAACCAGUACAAGCAACUCAACUAAUAGUUCUCAUAAUAAUUAUGAUUAUAUAAAAAAAAAAACAAAUAAUACAAUAGAAGAACACAAAUAUUCAUCUGACAAAUUAAAUUAUGAUAAUAAUGAUAAGAAUUAUGUUUUUUUUAAAGGGUUGAUAGUAAAAAUUAAUUUAGAAACACAUGAAUUUUAUAAAAGGAAAGGUAUUGUUCUAUAUAAAAUAAAAAAAGAAAAAGCAGAGAAUGGAAAAAAAACAAAAAAUACACAUACAUAUAUAUACGGAUUAUUAAUAUUUAAACAUUAUAAAUAUAUUCUUCCAUAUAAACAUAUUAUUAAAGAUAAAUUAAAAAAUAUGGAACAUAAUUUUUGUACACAACAAGAAAAUAAAGAUAUAUGGACACAUUUUAUUAAUCAAUUAAAUAUAAAAAAUAAAUCAUAUAAUCAUAAUAAUUAUUCAGAUCAUCAUACGAAUCAACAGUUUCAUAUUUCACAAAUUAAAUCCAACUAUCUAGAAACAACAAUAAAUCAAGAUGUACGCAAAUGUAAAAUAGUAAAUAAAAAUUUAAAACAUCCACUGAAAGAAGAAAAUUUGUAUAAAGAAAUUGUUGAAUUAAAAAAAAUCAAAUCAAAUCAUGCUUAUGUACAAAUAAGGAAAAAGUAUAUUAUGAAAGUAUCCCUGGAUGACGUUUGUCAAUAUGUAUGA